AUGGGUAAACUACCUCUCGAUAUACAACAAAUUAUUUGUCGAUACGCUGUCCUCAGGGAUAAACAGGGAGCCUACAACUCUCAGUUUGUCGUGAAUGCUUUGAUAGUAAGCAAGGCAUGGGCUUAUUUUGUAUGUCGCAUUAUUUACAGGCAUUACCGUAUCAGAAACUAUUUAGCAUUUGUCGGUUUUGUCAAGACAAUCACCUCCAACAACACAUUCUUGCCUUAUGGUCAUUUUGUUCGGUCGAUUGAUUUUACACCUGUAAACAAAUACGGGAUUGAUAUGCGUGUUCACAGACUGUUUCGAUGCUGUCCUUAUAUUGUCCAGAUGACAUUGGGACAUCCUACCACGCUCAAAUCAGAAACCAUUCGAGAAAUCACUCGAUACAAUACUCGCCUUCAUACGUUAAGCAUGGGUGGCAUCGAGUCCUUUCCCUUUAUGCUUGAAUGUGACUUUUCUGGCAUGAAGCAGUUGGAACACGUGACACUCAAGACAACACCUCUCUUGUCAUCGUCCUUUAUGACACUGCCUAUCCAGUCAUUGCGCUCCAUUCGAUUGAUACAGAUGGAUGCCAUUCAACCCCACGAAUUGUUAGCCUUUUGUCAGACACAUACACAUGUUCAGGCCAUUUCGAUCAUCAACUGUAAAGCGCUCUUGUUGCCUGCAUUAGGCAGUGUGCUUGCUCAGUUAGCCAUGCAUCUAAAGACUAUUGAACUUGAAGGAUAUCAAAUCACAGACGAACUCUUGUUUGACUUAUUUACAAAAGUGCCCAAAGGAACACGACUCGAGCGACUUUUAUUAGCCAAUACCCAAAUUACCUCUGCUUUUGUCCAUAGUCUGCCUAAACAACCUCUUCAAGUACGCCAAUUGGAAUUGGUAAACAACCGAUAUGUAUAA